AUGUCCGCUUUGCCACCCGACCCGUAUAAGAUUUUAGGUGUUUCCAAAGAUGCACAACUCGCAGAAAUUCGAAGUGCCCACCGAAAGCUCGUCCUCAAAUGCCACCCCGACAAGGUCCAGGACCCGACACUCAAGGCCCAGAAGCAAGAUGAGUUCCAAAAGGUUCAGCAGGCCUACGAGAUCUUGAGUGACGAAAACGAGCGAGGCAAGUACGAUGACAAUGUCAAACUGGCCGAGCUCCGCAAGGAGAUGGCCAAGGGCAUGUCCGCCAACACUUCGGCUCCCAGAGCGCCUGCCGCCAGAUCCUACGAGGUCCGCACCGCCGAGCCCCGACCGGAUACCUACAAAACGACAUACCGUGCCUCCCCCGGCGGCAAGCCCAUGUACUCUACCGGGUACAAUUCUCGAUCUUGGGACGAAGAAAUUCACAGCAGAUCAAAUUCCAUCUUCGAAGAGCCUAGGGCUCGCCGGGCCGCAAGUUACGAGAAAAAUGACGAAAGAGAUCGAGAGCGGGAACGUGAACGCAGACGUAAGGAUGAGAGGGACAGAGAACGCGAGGAGCUCGCCCGUGCCGCAGACCGCAAAGAAAGGGAGCGCGAGAGGGAGCGUGAAAGAGAACGCGAUAAGGAGCGAGAACGCCAAGAACGCAAGGCGGCCGCCGAAAAGGCCGCGGCCGACAAGGAAGAGCGUCGCCAAGAACGCAAGCGCCAAGACAAGGAGAGAGAAAAAGAUCAGAAAUCGCGUAAACACAAGCCUGCCUACAUCGAAGACGAUGAGUCCAACUAUUUCGCCAACACCAAGGAGAAGGAGAAGGACAAGCGGUCUCGCUCAAUCCCGCCUGGAGGCGCCCCUCUCCGUGAAGAGCCGCCUGUGCCGCCUGCUGAUGCCAAAGUUUCCAAAUAUGCCGACACCAUGCUGUACGCAGCCUCAUACAUGGAUCAGUCACGCAAGGCAGUUCACCCGGGUCUGAGCCGUGCCCAAACCUCGUACGAGCCUCGACAUGUGCCUGCCGCGGUCCCGACGCCACCCGCUGCGAUUCCUUUCGCUCCUCCUCCCAUUCCUACUGAUACCAGUCGCAGAUCAAAGUCGAGACGUUCAUCUGAGACCAAGACACGAGACAAGUCGAGCCAUAAGAAGUCAUCACCCACGAAGGAAGCACCAGUUCCGCCACCGCCCAAUUUCGCUUCCGCGGCAUUAUCACCUGCGUCCACCUCGCCGCCUAAGCACUUGGGCAGGGCGGCUACCUUCAACGAUGGGUACAACCGUCCUCCUCCUGGUCCUGUCAGAGCUCAAACAUUUUCUCACUCUGCCGACGUUCGGGGCCGUGGCCGCUCAAGGAUGCAGCCACAGCAGAUUUUGAGCGAGGAUUCGGAUGAUUCGGAGGAAGACCAGCGUCAUCAACAAAGGAGUCAUCGACACAGAACGCACUCUCCCGAGGCUAUGCCGUAUGAGACUGGCCAACGAACUCGAUACACCGUCAACGCUGGAAGAGCAGUCCCAGUCGCUGCUGAGGCUGCAUACGCUUCCGCCUAUCGCGACGACUCUCCUCCGAGGAAGUCCAAGCAUACCGACUAUUACAGUGUCCGCCCUUCCAUGCCGUCUCGGGAGGCAAGCUACCAGAGCUCCAACCCGUAUUUCCAAAAGGUGAAGACGGCGAGAUAUGAUGACGUCCAGUACACCAACCUCCCGCAUCGUUACCGCGAUGAGUAUGCAGCCUACGCUUAG